AUGUUGUCUGCUGUGGUGAAAAAAAAGCGGAAGAAAAGACCAAUUGGACCAUUGCCAGUCACACCAGCUCUCAAAUACAAAGACUUUCCCAAACUUUUACCUGUGAUUGAAAGUGGAGAAUGGUUGAAAGAUGAACACAAUGACAAUGCACAGGCUUUUCUCGCAAAGAAUUUCCCUCACAUUGGAAGCUUGCAGGCAACAUGGGUGUUCAUUUCAGAAGAGUGCCAAUCGGUGGGUACUCCAAAAGAAGAUUUUGUACAAAUUGUAAAUGUUUGUGGGAAUCAUUGGAUCACCCUCAGUAACAUUGGCUGCCCUAAAGAUACUGUAACAUUAUACGACUCACUAUACAACAACCUAGAUUCUGGAAGUAAAGCAAAACUUCACAAGCAAAUUGCAGACAUGCUAAUGCCAACAUCUAAGCAUCUUACAAUCCAGUGGGCUGAUAUGCAGAAACAAACUGGUACUUGCGAUUGUGGGCUAUUUGCAAUCGCAGCGGCAACAAGUCAGUGUUAUGGCAUUUUACCACAAGACUGUUACUGGGAGCAAGAGGGUAUGAGGGAUCAUUUGUGUAUGUGCUUCCAGCAAGGAGAUCUGGCACUUUUCCCACAAUUGGCAGUUGUUCGAAAACACGAGAGGCAUCACAGAGUGGAAAAUACUGAAGUGUUCUGCCACUGUCGACAACCAUACAACCCUGGUGUUUUCAUGGUUGCAUGCGAUCGUUCCCAGGAUUGGUUCCAUCGAGGAUGUGAAAGGGUUCCGAAAAGGAUAAACAAGAACACUUUAUUCGUUUGUAAAAAUUGUAAAUAG